AUGGCAUCUCUCUUCAUCACGGCCAUAUGUUACAUCCUCAUCUACAAAAAGAUCGCCCGGAUCUCGGAAAACGUCGGACUCAAUAACGCAGCGCUUCAGCGACGUGCGAAAAACAGCAAGAAAGUACUCAUGACCUUUGCCCUAGUGGUCGCAAGCACUAGUGUGUGCUGGAUCAUCAUGGGCUUCUUUCUUGUGGUUCAGUACAUCUACUCUCUCAUCGUAAACAAGCAUCAGGCUCAGUUCGAAGAACAUUGGCUCUUGAAUGUACUUUUCGAUAUUGGCGACAUGUUGGUAAGCAUGAACGCCAUACUUAACCCGGUCAUAAUCUGGUUGCGUCUUACAGAUUUCAGAAUGCAGCUACGCGCUGGCUUUGAGAGACUAGGGUGUCGAAAGUGUGAAUCCCAGAACUCGUCACAAGGGACAUCGGAUCCGACACCCCCGCGUAACCAAUCGAUCCGUCUCUACCAUCAACAUCACUAUGGACGACAUCUAGGAAAAAUGACUGCAUGUUGA